AUGGCGCAGAUGCGGGGGAAGCGGUGCUGCGAGAAGGGUCUGGACAGCGCUACCAGAAAGUGGGCAAGCACAUACUAUGAAGUGUGUGUGAGAACCGUGACCCGACUUAUCGGACAAACCCCGGCGCCUUCGACUGCACUGACUCGCCUCACUCCUUCCCGUCAGAUCCCCACGCCAAAGUGGCUGGAAAACGCUGCCUUCCGAGCCUCUGCCACCUACGGAUGGUGGGAGAGCUCUCUUCCGUACACCAUCCCCAGCCAUCUUGUACUUGCCUCUUGUGGUCAAGCUCGCGCUACUGGUCACCAGAGUCCUGUCUGCUCUCAAGUCUUCCAGCACACCCUUAUGUCUCCCGCGAUGACGAUCCGCACCAAGACGACAGGUGUUUGUGUAGUCAAGAGGGAUGACGGCUUCUUACCGACCACAAAUUCUGUGACCUCAGGCUGUUUCGAAAGCUUGGGCUGUGAGUGGUUCCCUGCCAAGCAAACUCUCGAGCAAUCGGGGAUGAAGCACAACUUCCCACGUGCUCGUGGCCAAUAUCUAAUGAGAAAGCUCACGGUGUGA